AUGAGCAACGCCUCUGCCCUGAAAGACCCAGUGAGCACAAAGGAUGAGAAGACCUUGUAUGCAUAUCAGGAGCAGCCGCCGGGGCAGGUUUCUCCAAAGCCACCAAAGCCGUAUGUGCACCGCGUAGCGGCCGCCUCCACGCCGUCUGUGACUCCUGAGGCCGCUGCUGCGGCGGCCGAGAUGCCGUCGAAUCCGGAGGGCCAGCGCCGCAUGAUGGCUGCCGGCACGUCCGACCCGCUGCAGGAGUGGGGGCAGGAGCAGUCGUUCCUCAAGUCCCGCUUUUGCCAUCCACAGCGCCACCGGUCUAACGGCGCGGCGAAGGGGCCGAGCGACGAGUCCGCCGGAGCGACAGAGAUGCGGGAGCACCUGACGCAUGCUGGGGCGGACUUGUGGCCGCCGAGGUCUGCGGAGGGCAAGGGCGACCACUCUGUGGCCACGGCAGCAGCCACUAAAAGCGAGGAUAUUCUGCACGUCUUUGGUGGGCAGGCGCCAUCGCCACCUCAGGCACGCAGAGACGCAGUUGAGAGCAACGGCAGCCAGGACGGCCAGCAGCAGGGCGGCAAGGGUACGUCAGGCGGCGGUGCAGGCGCCAGGAAGGGCGAGGGCAGCAGCGGCGGUGGCAGCGAGGGCGAGGGACCACUGCCCAUCUUCUGCACCUCCGAGUUCAUGAUGCAGCCGAAGAACGUGAAGGCGAGCACGUGGGCCUCGCUCGCCGUCUUGCGCAUGCGCAACAUGAACGCCCUGCGCGCCUACUCAUGGGACCAGCGCGUCUUCCUGCCGCAGGGCGACGGCUUCAUGGGUACCAUCUUUGAACUGCUCGCCUCGCCCCGCGUCUGGGAGAAGGUGGACUGGGCGAUGCGCGGGUCGGCCAUCGCGAUCCUGCCAACGCUGAUUGUCUGUCUGGAGCCGACCACGAGCCAAAUCUUUCCCUUGCCGACCUCCGUGGUGUUCCUUGCCUACUGGACGUCGAAGCCGACGCUGGGUGCCGGGCUGUGCGAAACCUUCACUGUGCUGAAAGCCUUUAUUAUUUCGCUCGCCUUCCUGUGCAUUGUUGUCGCGAUCCAGCCAGGCCCGAAGUGGCUGACCAUCCUGAUCCUCUUCUUCUCCCUCACCAUCGGUGCCUUUGCGGCACAGCAGAUGAGGGUAAUGAUCGCGUACUGCUUCGCGAGCUUGCUCAUGCAGUACGUCGCGCACCCGGAGACGACGGGGUACAAGUACAUUGGCGACUUCUACCUGACGCUGUUCAUCGGACAAGGCUUCGCCGUCGGCGCGCUGGUCUUUCCGUACAUCCGGUGGUCCAGUGAGAGCGCGCGGCGGUACUUGACCGUGAUGGGCGACGCCAUCAGUCUCUCUGUGCACGGGGCGUGCUGCAGCUUCUGGGUUGAGAGCAGCUUGCUGGAGCGACAACUCCACGUUGCGCGGCUGCGGCAGCUGCACCAGACCAUCGAGGCUAGCAUGGCGAAGGCCGAGAAAGGACUGUCCGAGAUGGGGUACGAGCCACAUUCCGGUGUGUACACCACGCGGCUGAAGACUCGCAUGGCGUUCCUGAAGAACGUUUUCAACAUUGUGCAGUCGAUGACGCUUGUGAUUGAGCAGAUCGCUGCGAACCCGACGCUGAUUGAGACGCCGAUGUGCCGCGCGUUUGGCGAGCGUAUCCACGGUGAGCUGAGCGUUGCUGCUGCUGCGAUGGACGCGAUGCUGCUUCGCGUUGUGAACCUCGACGACCUCGUGUCUGUAGCCGACAUGGAGGCGUUCCGCUGUGCGAAGGCGCGCUACGAGGACGCUGUGUCGAGGGUGCGCGACGAGGUGAUCCUGAGCAACGAGGACUACCGCACGGACAACAGCGACAUCCUUCUCGGGUUCUUUCUCUUCAGUGUGGAGGAGCUGAUGGAGUCGAUCAGCGGCUUCCAGGACGCUGCGCGCAGCCAGAACAAUCUGCGCUACUUCCUCAUGUUUCCUCUGCGCGACUUGCAGAGCUUAUGGUCUGCGUUUGUGGAGCUGCACAGCGCCAUCACGCUCCGCCACUCCAUCACGCGCAGGUUGAAGGAAGGCAUCAAGCUGAGCCUGUCCAUGGCACUGGCAGCGUACAUCCAAACGUAUGCGUUGAAGAGCUCUUCCACGAACCCCAUCCUCGGCGUGGACACGAUCGCGUUCCUCUACCGUUCUACUGGGGGCGACAGCUUUCAGUACGGGCAGGGGCGGCUGCUGGGAACGGUGCUCGGGUGUCUUACAGGACUCUUCGGUGUGCAGCUCGCCAACGGAAGCCGUCCUGUGCUGUACAUGUGCACGCUUGUGCUGACAUUCAUCGGAUCCUACGUGCAGGCCUCGCCCACCUGCGGUGCUAUCGGGAACGGUAUGUCGAACGGUGUUAUUUCAGUGGUGCUGCAGUACACAAACAGAGAUGGUGCCAUUGUGCGCAUUGAACAGAACUGCUUUGCAGUUAUCAUCUACUUCAUCGUCACGUCCCUGGUGUGGCCGGUGCGAUGCCAGACGAAGGUGAAGACGGGGUUCGACGGAUGUAUGCGCAUGAGCCGCGAGGUCACGGAUCGGCUGCUGCGCAAUCUCGACCUCCCGCACAGCGCUAAAGCUGUCAGCUCCGAUGCGAUGGCGCUGCUAGAAGAGAUGCAGAAGAAGGUGGGCCAGCAGCUGCAGAACUUGACAGGAGCUCAGUUCGAGCCGACGAUGGACUCCGCUGAGUUUCCGGAGAUGGCGUGGCGCAUGCUUGUGUCCACGCAGCGCAAGCUGGUCGUGACGCUGCUGAUGAUGCGCCACGCAUACGCCACCUUCAUGUCGAGCACCAUUGGGGAGGAGGCCGCCGACUCCCGAAGCGCGAACGGCGAGGCGAGUGGCGGUGCCGCCGCCGCUGCGACCAGCAUCUCUGUGCACUGGGUGGUGUUGCACCGGAUCUCGCCGUACACGCGCCAGCUGAGCCUGCUUCUGUACGCGGCGAUGGAGGUGUAUCUGCUGCUGAUGUCCAAAGUGACCUUUGUGCCGACGUCGGAGCUGACGCGUCUGCGGCUUGGGAUGAUGCAGUGCUACGACCGCAUCGUCGCCGUGUACAUCGAGACAAUUCAGCACGAGCUGCGGGACAGCGAUGACGACGACAACGGGGGCGGCUUCGAUGACGACGAAGACAUGGCUGACACCGCGGCGAAGCAGACAGGAUCGGCGGGGCAGGCGACGGCGCCGGCAACAGCGGGGACGUGUGUGCCGGUCUUCACUCCUUCUGGUCUGGUAGUAGACGCCGGAGCGCAGGAGAACAAGAGCUUCCUCGACAGUACCACGGGCCCGAAGAGUCACGCCGACCUCCACGCUCGCCGCCGCCGCAGCAAGCUGUCGAAGUCAGCGAACUCUGAGCGAAAGAAGAACGAUAACGGAGGCGGCCGCAUCGCGUACAAGCUGAGCCCGGCGGAGCGCCAACGUUUGCGGGAGUAUAUGUUUGCGCAGCACACAGCCAGCACGCUGAAUGCAUCGUUCUUCGCAAGCACCACCGCCAUGGCAGCGGACCAAGAGACCGGCGGGCCGUCUGCGGCGCUGGGCAACGUGGAUGCCGGUGCGAGCUUUGCAAGCCACAGCAUGUUCAACCUGAAUGGCACCUUCUUCGACCGCAGAGCGAGCAUGCUCGAUCCUGCGCUGCUGCGCAAUGCCGGGAUCGUGGUGCAGGAGCCGGUGCACGAGGAGCCGAAGGCGAAGCGGAGCAACAGCUCGGUGUCCGCCACCCUCUCGGCACACCAUUCGACGGUGCACUCGUCUCGCCGGCCGAGCUUUUUGAACCUGCGCUCCUCUGUCGCGAACGUGGACGGCGCCGUCGUCAUUGAGGUGCCGGGCACGGAGGCGUCUGCUGUGACGCUGCCGGUGUUUCCGCUUGGCUUGGACCGGCCGCUGACGAUCGAAGGACCUCUUGAGGGUGCGGUGUCUGCGCCGCCUUCUCUUGGGCACAGCUGCGUUUCUGUCGCGUCACUGGGCGCUGAUGAGCGGCAGCAGCAGCGCCAGCUCUCCGGGUUGCCCACUUUGGAGUCGCUAGCGAGCAUGCCGCUGAUGAGUGCUGCUCCCGCCACCUCGAAGGCAAAGACGCUUGCUCCUCGGCCGUCGGUUCUGCAGAGCUACACUGUUGUUCCCACGAGCGCUUCACUAGCGGCCACGCAGCUGAGUGUGGUUGGUGCUGCGGCCAACGCGCAGGGCGUCAGCGGCUCAGGGCCUCACGGCAGCAACGCUGGCGGUGAAGCGGCAGAUCAAGCGGCACCAAGCCAUGGCGCCCUGCUGAGCCCCAGCAGGGCGCUGAUGGCGGCCACGGCAGGCGGCGCUCGAGUGGUGGGCGGCGACGUCUUUGCGCUUGGCAGAGGGGCACGUUCGACUCUGCAGUCGCAUCUUGGUUUGAUGGGAGCCUCGCAGCACGCUGACCGCCCCCUCGGUGCUGACGACAGUGCCUGCCACGACGAUGGCGCGAGCGAGUGCAGCGCUACCCACACGGCGGCACCCGCGCGCGAUGCCGCACCGACGCCGGCGCCGGUAACUGCAGGCGCCACGCCGCGCAGCGACCGUGCCCCGCACCCGAUCGCGGCGCGCUCUGCGACAGUGCCGGGUGAGCAGGGGGUGUACGACGAGCGCAGUACGGCAGCGGAGAGCUCGCCGGAAUUCAUGCUCGACGGCACGCCGGGAGGGGCUGCGGCAACCAACAGCGGCGGCAAUGCUGGCACAGAGGACGGCGAGGGUGACUGGGAGGGGGCCCGCGAAGCUCUUGGGACGCUGUUGAGCGACCGGAGCCCCCAUCCCGAUAACAGGACAGGCAGAGUGGCUUACCGCACGGCCUCCUCACAACUGGCUGCCACCCUGCCCAUUCCGACCGCUGCGGCUGCUGGGGUCGAUGCGGCGGCCGACGAGCACGCCGCCAGCAGCGGGACGAAUACUUUCCCGAGCAACUUGGACAACAAUGGGAGCUUUAACGGGGUCGGACCCGCCAUCCCGGCGGCGUUGCGCUCCUAUGUGGAGGGACUCGCGGCCCACCAGCAGCAGCAGGCGCCGCCACCACCAGCGCUGCUCGGCAACACGUCCUACAUUACCUUCUCGAGCAAUCUGCCGGUGAUGAACCGAACGCUCCUCGGCGGCAGCGGCCUCGGCAGCCCCGCAGCCAACCCAGAAGACAGCGUGCGCGCUGGGCCCACGCUCACCGCAUCAGCCGUCGCCGCGGCAUCGUCGUCGGGUGGCGGCGCACCUGCUGCUUCAACGUCCGCAUUCCCUGGCGCGGCGCCGCCGGCUGCAGCUAGUGGGGCCGCGUGUACGGAGGACGCGUGUCUGCGCAGUGUCGGCCUCAACAAUAACACCACAAGCGACGUUGCCGACAUGCUCCGCAGCUUUCACGGCACGCAAAGUUUCCACCCGGUGCUGCUGCGGCUGCUGCAGUCCGAUGGGGCGGACGGUAGCGAGGGCGGUAAGAACGAGUACGUGCUGACGAACAGCGACAUUCACAGCCUAGAGGCGUUCCUGUUCGGCCUACGCGCGCUGAUCACACAGGUGGAGGAUGUAGAGCGCUACUUGCUGGAGGUGGUGCACGGGCGGGAGAUGGCCAAGAAGUUGUGA